GUGGGUUGGCCACGCAGGCGCGUGGGGCCGCGGCGAGAACCCCACGCGGGAGCUUUUGGAGUCCCCAGUCGCCGCUUCUCACUUCACUGGAGAGGGGUCCGGGAGGGAACCAAUAAAGAGUGAAUGUGCCGCAGCCGCGGUGGCGGCCGAGUUGCUGCGAACGACCGGGGAGUCGUGCGCCCGGGAGGCGGCGAGGGGAGGCGGUUCGCCUCGUCCCUCCCACCCGCCCCUUUCUCUCUCCGUCUCUCUCUGUCUCUCCUUUCCUCCCGCUGGUCCCAGAUCCUCGCUCUGUCCAGCCCUUUGGUCCCCCAUCUCGCACUCUUCUAUCUCCGCAGUCCUUUACCUUAGGGCGUCCCAAAGUGCCAUGGGUUAGGGUGGGGACCGCGAGCCGCGGGAAAAGGACUAGCCCCGAUUCUCCGCCGGGGGGCGUGAAGCCGAUCGCCGCUUGCCUCUCGCGGUUGUCGGGCAUGGGGAGAGCGGUGUGAGCCCGCAACCCCGGGAGCACGCAGGAACAGCGGAGCCCGGCGCCCCGAGGAGGAGCCCGGGAUCGGAAGAAGGAGCGGAGGGAGGACGAGGAAGCGGGCGGGGAAGCCGGGGAAAAGUGCAGCCAAGGAGGAGAAGGCGGCGGAAGGUGGGGAUUGAUGCUUCUGUUUUUUGUUGCCGCUGCUGCGCUCGCGCUGGGAGCCAAGCCGGAGGGAAGGCGGUGGAGAGAUGAUUGCAGAGUUGGUGAGCAGCGCUCUGGGGCUCGCCUUGUAUCUCAACACCCUGAGUGCCGAUUUCUGCUAUGAUGACAGCCGUGCUAUCAAGACUAAUCAAGACCUGCUGCCAGAGACCCCCUGGACACACAUUUUCUACAAUGACUUCUGGGGGACUCUUCUAACCCACAGCGGUAGCCACAAGUCCUACAGGCCACUCUGCACUCUUUCUUUUCGACUGAAUCACGCCAUCGGAGGACUGAAUCCCUGGAGCUAUCACCUCGUCAAUGUCCUGUUGCAUGCAACUGUCACCGGCCUCUUCACGCGCUUCUCCAAGGCCCUCCUUGGGGACGGAUACUGGACCUUCAUGGCUGGCUUGAUGUUUGCUUCACACCCCAUCCACACGGAAGCAGUGGCAGGCAUCGUGGGACGGGCAGAUGUGGGCGCCAGUCUCUUUUUUCUCCUGUCCCUGCUCUGCUACAUUAAGCACUGCUCUACAAGAGGCUACUCCGCCAGAACUUGGGGCUGGUUCCUGGGGACCGGAUUGUGUGCUGGGUGCAGCAUGCUUUGGAAAGAGCAGGGAGUGACUGUCCUAGCAGUUUCAGCCGUUUAUGACGUCUUUGUCUUCCACAGGCUGAAAAUGAAGCAGAUCCUGCCUACCAUUUACAAAAGGAAGAACUUGUCUCUUUUCCUCAGCAUUAGCUUGUUAACAUUCUGGGGGACCUGCCUUUUGGGUGCCCGGCUGUACUGGAUGGGCAACAAACCACCAAGCUUCUCCAACUCCGACAACCCCGCGGCUGACUCGGACAGCCUUUUGGCUCGCACGCUCACCUUCUUGUAUUUACCUACCAAGAACCUCUGGCUAUUGCUCUGCCCGGACACCCUGAGCUUUGAUUGGUCCAUGGAUGCUGUGCCUCUUCUCAAAACAGUUUGUGAUUGGAGAAAUCUACACACUGUGGCCUUCUAUUCUGGACUUCUCUUCCUUGCGUACUGUGGUUUGAAGAAUCCAAGUUUAGACGGAGAGUGCAAUGGGAAAGCCAUGACAAAUGGCAAGCAGAAUGCAAAUGGCCAUAGCUGCCACUCAGAUGUGGAGUACCGGAACUCAGAAAUGAAGCCCAGCUUUGCGUCCAAAGUAGAGAAUGGAAUUAAAAAUUGUGUACCACGGAGAACUCAGCUCCCUUCCACGGAGAACAUUGUUAUUCUGUCCUUAUCUUUGUUGAUAAUACCUUUUAUUCCUGCCACGAACCUGUUUUUCUAUGUCGGCUUUGUAAUCGCAGAGCGAGUCUUAUAUAUUCCCAGUAUGGGCUUCUGCCUUCUGAUCACAGUGGGUGCCAGAGCCCUGUAUGUCAAAGUCCAAAAGAGGUUUCUCAAGAGCUUGGUUUUUUAUGCUACAGCCACGUUAAUUGUCUUCUAUGGAGUCAAGACUGUGAUCAGGAACGGAGACUGGCAGAAUGAGGAGAUGCUGUAUAGAUCAGGGAUCAAAGUGAACCCAGCCAAAGCAUGGGGUAACCUUGGAAACGUUCUGAAGAGUCAGAGUAAAAUCUCUGAAGCUGAAAGCGCCUACAGAAAUGCUCUGUACUACCGCAGCAACAUGGCUGACAUGCUGUAUAAUCUAGGGUUGCUGCUCCAAGAGAACAGCAGGUUUACAGACGCUCUCCAUUAUUACAAACUGGCCAUCGGGAGCAGGCCUACCCUGGCUUCUGCCUAUUUAAACACCGGCAUUAUUCUCAUGAACCAAGGGAAGACAGAAGAAGCCCGGCGGACAUUCCUCAAGUGUUCUGAGAUUCCAGAUGAGAACCUGAAGGAUCCUCAUGCACAUAAGAGUUCUGUCACCAGCUGUCUGUACAACCUCGGGAAACUCUAUCACGAGCAAGGACGCUAUGAGGAAGCCCUGAGUGUAUAUAGGGAAGCAAUUCAGAAGAUGCCAAGGCACUUUGCCCCACAGAGCCUGUACAACAUGAUGGGUGAAGCAUACAUGAGAUUGAGUAAGCUUCCUGAAGCUGAGCAUUGGUACAUGGAAUCAUUGCGAUCCAAGACCGAUCACAUCCCUGCUCAUCUCACCUACGGGAAACUGCUCGCCUUAACAGGUCGUAAGAGUGAGGCUGAAAAGUUCUUCUUGAAGGCUAUUGAGCUGGAUCCUACCAAAGGAAACUGUUACAUGCACUAUGGUCAGUUUCUCCUUGAAGAGACUCGCCUCACAGAAGCAGCAGAGAUGGCAAAGAAAGCAGCUGAGCUGGACAGCACAGAGUUUGAUGUCGUCUUCAACGCUGCCCACAUGCUCAGACAAGCUAGCCUCAAUGAAGCCGCUGAGAAGUAUUACGAUCUGGCAGCAAGACUGAGACCUAAUUACCCUGCUGCUCUCAUGAACCUAGGGGCCAUUCUGCAUCUCAAUGGGCGACUGCAGAAGGCUGAGGCCAACUAUCUGAGGGCCCUGCAACUCAAGCCAGAUGACGUCAUCACUCAGUCCAAUCUCCGCAAGCUGUGGAACAUCAUGGAAAAGCAAGGUUUGAAGACCUCCAAGACCUGACACACGAGAACUCCCCUCCUCCUCCUCCGCCGCUUGUCAGAACUGACUUCGUUAACAGACAGAACAUCCCAGCAGUGCUGUGAUAAAAGCUCACGGGUGACUUCAAGCCCAGGAUAGAGGUCAUCAUGGUUACUGCCACCGUUGGGAGAAUCCACUUUGCUAUGGGCACAGCCCUUAACACCAAAAAAGGGGAGCAUUGAGACCCUCUGGGAGGGUGUAACUGUUACCCGUAGACUGUAAACCAGACCACCUAAGAGGAUUUUGGAGCAUUUUUAGAAAACAGAGGGAUCUCAGUUGCAGAUGUCCACUUUGGAGGGAGAAUUUGAGAUUAUACUGUUCCUUAAACACUGUGAGAGGAAGUCAGAGAGCCCAUCCGGCCACAGUGAACUCUUAUGGGGGUGAUGAGCACAUAGUGUAAAUCCUCAGUGAGCCACCGGUUGUCCUUACGCUGCUUUCUUCCCUCUUUGGGACAGCCUGCUUAUUGAUUGCUGAAGCUAAUCAAACUUUGGUUUUAACAGUGUGUUGGGAUCUGUCCAAAUCUCCAGUUGUUUGUUGGCUCGUGCACAUAAACAUUUUAUGGUUUGAAUGUCCAAGGCUUCCUAGUGCUGAGCAUCAUUUGUCUGUCAUGCCUUAAAACGAAUGUGUAGAGAAGAGCUAACCACUCAUAGAGGUGAUAUGAACAGACCUAGGGUGACCUUGGGUGUGUGUUUCACAAAGGCAUUUUCAUUUCCAUAGUGUCAGUAUUGUCUCCAACGCUGUUUAGUAGAUCUCAUUGUAUUAAUUCUUUUGAAAUUAUCUUCUAUGAUGUCUCUCCCUGGUUACUAUACAGGCUGUUCACUAAAGCUGAAAAAAAAAAUGGGGAUAUUAUAAGUGUUCCAGUUCUCGUAACUAAUCAUGACUAUGUAAGACACAGUCCUCGGUGCUUCCUAGCCAAUGGUUGCUAUAAUAAGCCAAUGCAGGGUAAGUACAUAAGGAUUGUUGCCAAUGACUUUGUGUUUUGGAAAGAGCUGAUAUGAAAUACCCGUUGAGUCCUUGCAUACCUAAACAUCCAUGUGGAUAAAUCCUGGAGGGCUGUCACAUUUUGUUCUUCCUGAAAGAUGUCAAAAAUAAAUUAUUUUAAGAUGCCAUGGAGUAAGCAUCAGCCUGCAUAUACACACACACACACACACACACACACACACACACAUAUAUAUAUAUAUACAUAUAUCCAUCGUCUGCCAAAUGCUUUUUUCAGUUAAAAGAUAUUUUCUCAUAGAAAACUGAGCAUUUUAUUUCCUCACCUGCUAUUAGGUAUUUCAGUGAUCAUUUUAUAAGUUAAAAGCUAUAAAUGAAACAAAGAAAAAAAACAUUUUUUUAACAUUUUUGCCUUGUACUCAAACUUUACUACUAAAAAUUGAAUUCCCAGAAUACCAGUCUAUUAGCAACCUCGUCAUAGAGAAAUUAACUAUUCUGUAUCCAACAUAUUUAUUUAUUUAUUAUCCAACCAUAGCAAAAUAACAAAACAAGACAAAAAAGAUUUGUUAAAACAGUUAUUUGCUUUUUCUCCUUCCCUUCUAUAUUCCAUGUAUAUAUAUAUGUAUAUGAUCAGUGAUUCCAUUAAAGGGAAGCUGGUCAUGAAAAAAAUUCUAUGUUUUCUCCCUAUAUUAUAUACCAUGUCAUGUAUCAAAUACAGUGGAUAAAGAACUUGAGGUAGUGUUUCAAUGACUUUAGUUUCUGUGAGAGAACAGAUGUAGUGAAAGUUUUGAUGGGGUUUAUGAGAAGGCCCUCUUUAAAGUGUAUAUUACUCCAUAAACAUUUCACUCAAGGGCCAGAACUUAAAGUAUAACUACAUCACUGUGUUGUCAGAAUAAUAUUUAACAUUAACAAGAACAAACCCAUGGUCAAACCAAAAACUAGUGGGUUGAAGUAUACAUUUCAUUUUCUAAUGCAUUGGCAAUUUGGAUGACAAAGAAAUUUAAUAUAAGGCUGUAGAGAUAAAUUCAGUGUCUAACCUUUUUUUUUUAAUUUAUUCAGAUAGUUGUGGCAUUCUAGCCUUUACAUUUUAUGUCUGUCUUGUUACUGUUCCUUCUUUCUAACACUUGCUUCCUGUAGGUUCACUGAAUGCACAAUAGUCACAUUUCACAUGACUCAACUCCCAAGUGGUGUUAAUCAUUGGGCCUGUGUCAUAAAAUGCAUGGAUCUUUAAUACCUACAUGUCCCUGACACUUUUCACUAUAGGGCUGGACUUAGUAACUGACCAACUCGGGGGGGGGGAGGGGGGACUGGGGUAUUAGAACAUGAUCAAAAUGUCUCUGCUCAGGGAUUUAUGGUGGAUCAUUGCAGACAGUGCUAAAAAUGUAGAGCACAAGACAAGUUUACUAAAUUAAAAUUUUAUUUUUUGAAAAACUGUUAUUUGUAUAAAUUAUCAAGAUUUGUAGGCUUUCCUUUUGUAGAAAUAAUUGUUUUAUGUGCCAGAGAAUUUCAAUUUUGUUUUGAACAAUAAAGCAUUGAUAACAAAUAA